AUGGCCUACAGAGUAGAGAUGUUUUUCAGCUGCAAUCACAUGAUCGAGUUGUGCAGCACUAUUUGCCUGCUGUUCUGUAAGAUGUGGGUGUAUUUUAUAGUUUUUAUGGAUGUCUUGGAUUCUCUGGAGUCUAUGCAUGGUUGUCACCUGCCCAUUGUUCCUGUCAGUGGGUAUUUGAGCCAGCCUGGAGACCUAGUGAUUGGAGGUACUUUCCCUAUUCAUGUGGACAGAAGCUAUACUGAAAACACUUUUGCCAACAAGCCAGAGGACCUCAGAUGCAAGCUCCUUGAACUUGAUAAUUACCAGAGCAUGCAAGCCAUGAUAUACGCCAUAGAGGAGAUUAACAAGAGUCCAGACCUUCUUCCCAAUAUCACUCUGGGCUACCAGAUCUUCGACACCUGUACUGUACUCAGACGGGCAGCAGAAGGAACUCUGUGGAUGUUAUCCGGAGGCAAAGAGAGCGUUCCAAAUUAUCGGUGUGAACAAACAGGUGCUUUUGCUGGUAUCGUUGGUGACUCUGGGUCUACACGCUCCAUUCUAAUGGCCCAAAUCUUAGGUCUUUAUAGAUAUCCACAGAUAAGUUACUUCUCAACCAGCCCAACUCUCAGCAACAGAAAGAUCUUUCCUUCUUUCUUUCGCACCGUACCUAGUGAUACAUUUCAGUCCCGAGGACUUGCCAACCUAAUCCUGUAUUUUGGUUGGUCGUGGGUUGGCUUUCUAGCAAGCGAUAAUAACUAUGGUCAACUAAGUCUCCAGGUGGUCAAGCAGGAGUUAAUCGAUGCUGGUGCAUGUGUAGCUUUUGUUGAAACAAUAGUGACUAGCCAGGCCAACAAGAAUGCUCCACACAUUGCCAAAGUUAUCAAGGGGUCGACAGCCAAAGUUGUGGCAGUGUUGGCCUCCAACUCAGACUUUUUGCCAGUUGUGGAAGAGUUAACAAGACAGAAUGUGACUGGGAGAAUCUGGAUAGCCAGCGAAUCGUGGUCAACCUCUGCUCUUCUGGCUAAAGAACAGUUCUGGGAAAUCCUAAUGGGCACUGUUGGGUUUGCGGUCCGUGGGGGGCAGAUGCCGGGAUUCAUGGAGUACCUUAGCAGCUUACACCCAUCAAGGGCUCCAAAUGAUUCUUUUAUAGUAGAGUUUUGGGAGCAAAUAUUUUCAUGCAGAUGGACCAACCAACUGAAUUUAGAUGAUGAGACAAGCAACAAAACAACGCAUUACUGCACUGAAGAAGAAAAUCUUGAGAACUCCAUGCUGAAAGUUGAUUUCGGAAUAGCUUUUAAUGUGUACACCUCAGUUUAUGCGUUUGCAUGGGCCUUACACAGUCUACUUUACUGCCAGCCAGGAAAAGGCCCAUUUCGUAAUGGAUGUGCAAACAUUUUAUCAUUUCACCCUUGGCAACUCCUCCAUUAUAUGAAAACAACAAGGUUCCAGACCAAAGACAAUACAAACAUAUUUUUUGAUGAAAAUGGUGAUCCUCCAGCCCUUUAUGAUAUUGUGAACUGGCAGAUAAGCUCUACUGGCUCCUUGGAGCAGGUUAUAGUAGGAAGCUAUGACUCCAGCUCCGCAGAUGGGAACACCAUGAGUGUAGACCAUGCUGCCAUGGUAUGGGUGAAUAACAAUACAAAGGUUCCACCAUCAAUGUGCAGCUCUAGCUGUCCACCAGGAUUUAUGAAGGUGACCAUUUCUGGAAAACCCAUCUGCUGUUUCCAGUGUGUGCCAUGUCCUCAGGGACAAAUCUCCAAUGAAACAGAUGCUGUCAAAUGCCACCCUUGCCCUUGGGAUAUGUGGCCUAACCUCCAACAAGAUGCAUGCAUGCCAAGAACCAUUGAGUUCCUCUCCUACAGUGAAGCAAUUGGCAUUAACUUGGCUACCAUUGCCAUAGUCUCCUCUGUCAUCCCACUUGGAAUCCUUGGAGUUUUCAUCCAUUACAAGGCCACACCAAUAGUGCGAGCCAACAACUGGUCUCUCAGCUGUCUUCUGCUCAUAUCUUUGUGCCUCUGCUUCCUUUGCUCAUUGGUGUUUAUUGGAUACCCGCAACCAGAAAUGUGCCUUUUCCGUCAAGUUACAUUUGGUUUGGCCUUUUCACUGUGUAUCUCUUGUGUUCUAGCCAAAACUCUUACGGUUGUCAUUGCCUUCAAAGCCACCAAACCCGGAACUCAAUUAAGAAAGUUUACUGGUGUAAGAAUGUCCUACUCACUCAUUGUCCUUUGUGUACUAAUCCAAGUAUCCAUCUGUGUGACUUGGCUUUCUUCCUCACCUCCUUUCCCAGAGUUUGACUCCAACACUCAAUCAAGAGUGAUAAUUUUGAGUUGCAAUGAAGGUUCUCCUAUUGCAUUUUGGUUAAUGUUGGGAUACCUUGGACUCCUAGCCACCAUCAGUUUUAUUGUUGCCUUCUUGGCCCGAAGAUUACCUGACAGCUACAAUGAAGCCAAGUUCAUCACCUUCAGCAUGUUGGCCUUCCUUAGUGUUUGGGUAUCCUACAUCCCGGCCUCUGUCAGCUCACGAGGGAAGUACAUUGUGGCCACGGAGAUCUUUGCCAUCUUAUCCUCCAGCUGGGCUCUAGUGGCUUGUAUUUUCCUGCCAAAAUGUUUCAUCAUAUUGUUUCGACCAGAUAUGAACUCUAAAGAAUAUCUGAUGAGGAAAAACUGA